AGGCGAAAUCUUACUAUUAAAACUGUGGCAUCGAUGAUUUUCUAAUCGCCACCGUUAAGAACGCGAGAAUUGCACAUAACAUGAAAUCUUCUUCUUCACCUAAUACAUAAUAAGAUAACAUGGACGAAAUAUGGAAAGUCUCGUCAGCUUUUCAACUGUGAAAUGUAUCAGUUACGUAUGUGUCAGUGAUUUCUACACGUUUGAAAUUAAUCGAAGAUUAGACCUAUAGAUCUAUCGCUAUUCGCGAUGUAGUCUCGAGUCGUCUGCUGUUAAAGUGUCAGUAGUAUUGAGCAUGUAUUGCGUAUCAGUUGUGAGUUUCGCCUAGCUUUUAGUUGAAGUGAUAUAAAAGGAAACAUUAACGGUUAAAAAUUAGAUUCAUUCCUUCCGGCGCAUUUAAUUUUCAAAAAUAUAAUAAUUCAAGAAACUGUUUUACAAUCACAAACACGAUGUUGAGCGUUGCUCGUCACUCUACCAAAAUUCUUGGUCGAGCUAAUCUGACAGGUUCGUGUUAUGUCAGACGAACAUUCAUCGCCUCGCUGCCAAGAAAAGCGUCACGCACAAAUGGGCUGUCCAUUUUUCGAAGGAUUCCCGUUCAAGCAGGAAGGUUUCAGAGCCUACUAAGACAGACUGGUACCAUAGCACUGAAUUAUGCAUCCAAAGCAACUCCAAAUUCAAAGAAGAUUGUCGGCACCUGGAUGCUGACAUGUAGUGGAAUGGUUUUCAUUGCAGUAGCUUUAGGAGGCAUAACCAGACUCACAGAAUCCGGAUUAUCUAUGGUGACGUGGAAAUUACUCGGAGAAAGAAUGCCCUUAACGGAACAUGACUGGAUUGAAGAGUUUGAGAAGUACAAAGAGUUUCCAGAAUUCAAAAUAACGAACAAAAACAUAACACUGGAAGAAUUCAAGCGCAUCUGGUGGAUGGAAUACUUGCAUAGAACAUGGGGUCGCCUGAUAGGUGCUGCUUUCAUAAUUCCGGCAACAUUUUUCUGGACAAAGGGUUGGUUUGAUAAGAAAACAAAGCUUAGAGUUACUGCUCUUGGAACCUUGAUUGGCAUGCAAGGAUUAAUGGGCUGGUACAUGGUCAAAUCUGGGCUAGAGGACAGAUUCAACGGUCCUUCUGAUGUACCGAGAGUUUCUCAAUACCGCCUAGCCUCACACCUUGGGUUAGCAUUUAUUAUCUACACUGGCUUUCUCUAUAACGCUUUGGACAAAUUAAUUCCAGCACAGAAAGUGGCUGUUGAUUAUUUUGGUACGCGAAAAUUUGAUACCAAUAUUACAAAGGGUCUGCGAAAGCUUCGAAUGAUGACCCAUUCAACAAAGGGCCUUAUCUUCCUCACGGCCAUAUCUGGCGCCUUUGUUGCCGGAAUGGAUGCUGGACUUGUCUAUAACUCAUUUCCGAAAAUGGGAGACAAAUGGAUACCUGACGACAUACUCGCCAUUUCACCUACACUUAGAAAUUUCACUGAAAAUCCAACAACCGUACAAUUUGAUCAUAGAAUAUUAGGUAUUACAACACUUUCCAUGAUAACAGCAACUUGGUGGAUUUCACGGAAGUACACCUUGCCUGGACGGGGGGCUAAGGCUGCAAUGGCUGUUUUGUGUUUAGGGUACCUGCAGGUUCUUCUGGGCAUUACGACACUUUUACAUUAUGUUCCCGUCCCACUAGCAGCUUCCCAUCAGUCUGGAAGUUUGGCACUACUCUCUGCAGCGACGUGGCUUUGCCAUGAAUUAAAAUACGUUAAACGUCUACCCAAAUGAAUGUUUCCACCAGUUAGCUCCAGGUUUGUACAAUAUAGUAUUGCUUUGCGAAUAAUUAUAGAAAUGUAAAAUAGAGUGCUGCGAUGAUAUGACAGUAAUAAAAAAUACAAUUUACAAUUCAAGAUUCACAAUUGUUAGAUUUUAUUGUUAUUCUGUAUUAUGAAAAAUCUCAGAAAUUGCCUGUAGUAUUUUGCCAAGGAUGAACUUGUUCUGUUUUUACUUUGAAUACGAAUCAUGAAACCACAAUCAAAUUAAGCACGUUCAAACUGAAAAGUAGGAAAAGAUGUUGAAGAGAAAAUGAUGAUGAGUUUACAACAUUAUGCUAAUUUAUUUGUCAACUUAGUGUGCAGUCAUAUUAUAGUUAAUUGUAAAAAUUAAUUUUAAUUAUAUAUACUAUCACAUUAAACCUAUGACAAUAAUAUCGAAGCUUACGUAUUUAAUUCUUUUAUUUUUAUUUUUUGUUCUUAAAUAAUACAACAUUUGAAUUCUAUAUAAUUUUGUCAAACAUUAAAAUAUUGCCUUACAUAGUAUAAACCGAGUUAGUUUGAUAUUUAUUUUUAACAUUUGUUAUUUAUUUAAUUUUGUUUUCAGAAUAAAUUUUUCACUGAAUGGACUUGAUAAGAUAUUUAACACAUAUGUGUGUGAAUGACGUUAAUUUUCAUUAAGAAAAUGAAAAUUUUCAAGAUUUAUUUGCUAUCUAAUUAAUUAGAAUUUAUCGCUGCGUCAUAUAUGUAUAUGCCGUUUGACUCUUUCAAAAAACGUUCUUUUCCUUCAGAGGUUUCGAUUACUAGACUUGUAACCCCAAUUUCGAUGUCGAAAUCACUCAAUUUCAUCAGCAGUUACACUAAGUUCGUCAUUUCCAAUCGGUCGCUAAAUUACUUCAUCAUAGAGUUUUUGUUCCUUUUGUAAUUUAUUUUAAUCAAUUUUUUUUCUUGUAAUUGUUUUCUUAUACACAUUGGUCCAAUGUGGCAACAUCAUUUGCGUGAUGAAAUCACCACAUGCUAUAGAAAUUGCACUUUUAAAUUGUUACACUUUUUAUAUUUACAUUCUCAACGUGUCUCUUGUUGCGUGGUCGUUGCUUCCUUACAAAACGCAACAUAUCUAAGAGUAUUUUUGUAACAUGGCUGUGUAAUGAUUGCAAGGUUCCCUCCUUUUACAUACGCUAUAACUGUCACAUAAAGUUUGCAAAUUGCUUGAAAAAAUUUGAAUGCAGAUUCUAUUUUGAAUGAAUAGCAUUCAUCUUGUAAUGAGUUAUAAAAACAUUAUAAAAGACUCCUUAACAAGAAAAUUUUAUAAUCCAAGGACUAAUUUUCUUUGUAUGAGACUUCUGUGAUAAAUAUAUUGUUUAUUUUUUUCGAUUUUUUUUCAUCAUUAUAGUUGCAUCAGUCUGACAAAAUUUGUUUACGCAUUUACAAGUUGAACUAUGAAAAAGUUAUUAAUUGAUAGUUAUGAAAUAUAUUACAGUACAUAAAUGCGAAACUACCUUUAUUUUCAUUACAAAGAGAAUUGAUUUUUUUAUUACUGAACUACGCAGACUUUCAAAGAGCACUUAGUUUAUCACAAAACUAAGGUGAACGGAAAUUUUUUUUUUUUUUUCUUCAAGUCUAUUCUUCUAUUGUCUGCAGGGUAAUUCGAGGCACUAAAAAUUUUCAAGAUUUACAACGCUCUUUGUUGAUUGCUAGUCAAAAAUUUCUUGCGUAAUCGUUCAGUUAGAUUUGUAAUGUUGGAUCAGCAAUGAAGUCAUUACUUUACAAAGACCUUGUCAAGUAAAAUGUCCAAUAUUAUGCAUAAUUUUCACCACUAUACGAGAUUUGUAGAAGUUGAAAGAGUGCGUUUCUCUUUCACUUAAAUGUUUUUCAUACAAUUUGUCUACUCUAUUUGAAAAUGAUAUUGAUACUUGGCGAUACUGACCCAAGAAGCCAGACAAACCACAAUACUUUGCAUAUUACCAAAUUUUAAUCUUGGUAAAUACCUCGUUCGAUACCAAAAUAAUUUAAACUGGCAGGUAGUUACAUUAAGGAAAUGCAUAAAAUAUGAAAUAUGUACACGCAUAUAUUAUAGUCGUAGUUAAUUAGGUAUUGAAAAAUCUUUCGCAAACUGAGUUAUAUUAAACUGUCUUCUAAUUACCGUAUUUAUAUAAUAAUAUAAUAUAUAGUUGUUGCUGGUAAUUUAUAAAUUAAAAUACAUACGCCUAAAUAUAUUAUAUAAACGCCCAGUUUGUGAAGGAUGGUCAUAUUAUGUAUAUGUAUAUUAGUUGAAUUGAUCGUCGCGAAAUCAUCGAUCAGGAAAAGCGUCAUUACUCUAUAUUGGUGUAUUCGGGAUGUAAGUUGCGAAAGAAGAAACGAAAUCAGGCUGAAUAACGACUGAAAACAAAGAAAUUGAAGCAUCGAGUCCUGUCCAACAUUGUCUAGCUUCAUUCGUUUACAGAGAGAUGGACAGAGUAUUUGCUUCAACUAAGUCAGCAUUAAAGCUGGUCUUUUCCAAAAAUUUCCAGCCGUGACGUUUUGACUGAGACACCAUGUAGCUAAAUUUAAAGGGUUUUAAAAAAUUGCAAGUGAAAAAUUAGGCUUCUAGCUCGCUAUUCACCUGGUUAAUGUGUGCAAAGAUCUUUAUGGCAAACGUGUGACGUGUGUGUAUGCGCUUCAAAAUCUUUUGAUCAGAAGUACUUUACUACUUGAA